AGCGCCCCCACUUUAAGCACCAAGAGGGGCAGAGGCCGUCCUCGUAAGGCCAACCUCUUGGACUCCAUGAUGUUUGGUGCCCCGGGGGGCCUGCGAGAGGCAGGUAUCCUGCCUUGCGGCCUCUGCGGGAAAGUAUUCACGGAUGCUAAUCGCCUUCGUCAGCACGAGGCUCAGCAUGGGGUGACGAGCUUGCAGCUGGGCUACAUAGACAUCCCGCCCCCAAGACUGGGUGAAAAUGGCGUCCCUGGCCAGGACGACCCCGACGCACCCCGAAAAAGAAGCAGGACGAGGAAGCAGGUGGCCUGUGAGAUCUGUGGGAAGAUUUUUCGGGACGUGUACCACCUGAAUCGGCACAAGCUGUCGCACUCCGGCGAGAAGCCGUACUCAUGCCCGGUGUGCGGCUUGCGGUUCAAGCGGAAGGACAGGAUGUCCUAUCACGUUCGGUCUCACGACGGCUCUGUGGGAAAGCCCUACAUCUGCCAGAGCUGCGGAAAAGGCUUCUCCAGGCCAGACCACUUGAAUGGACACAUCAAACAGGUGCAUACCUCAGAGAGACCUCACAAGUGUCAGGAAAAUGGCAGCCACCAUGGAAUAAGCUCAGAGACAUCCACAUCCAUAGAAAAGUUGAAACUUCAAGAGACUUGUAACGCUUCCUUUGCCACUCGCGACCGCCUGCGCUCACACCUAGCAUGUCACGAAGACAAAGUCCCAUGCCAGGUGUGUGGAAAGUACUUGCGAGCAGCAUAUAUGGCAGAUCAUCUGAAGAAACAUAGUGAAGGACCAAGCAAUUUCUGCACUAUUUGUAACCGAGGUUUCUCCUCUGCCUCCUACUUAAAGGUCCAUGUUAAAACCCACCACGGUGUUCCCCUUCCCCAGGUCUCCAGGCACCAGGAGUCCAUCCCGAAUGGGGGAGCAGCGUUCCACUGCGUCAGGACCUAUGGCAUCAAAGGCCAGAAAUGUUCACAUUCGGACCCGAUUGAGAGUUCUGAUUCAUACGGAGACCUCUCUGACACCAGUGACCUCAAGACUCCUGAGAAACAGAGCACCAAUGGGUCCUUCUCGUGUGACAUGGCAGUCAGCAAAAACAAAAUGGAGACAGAAGGAGAGAAGAAGUACCCUUGCCCUGAAUGUGGCAGCUUUUUCAGAUCAAAGUCUUAUCUGAACAAACACAUACAGAAAGUCCACGUCAGGGCCCUCGGUGGCCCACUGGGGGACCUCGGUCCUGCUCUAGGAUCCCCCUUUUCACCCCAACAGAACAUGUCUCUCCUGGAGUCAUUUGGGUUUCAGAUCGUCCAGUCAGCAUUUGCGUCAUCCCUAGUGGAUCCGGAGGUCGACCAGCAACCAAUGGGGCCAGAAGGGAAAUGAGAUCAGUUUGAUCUUAACAAAGCAAAGCAGCAGUCUGGCUAUAAUGAUAAGAUGCUGUGAAUGAGGAAAUAAUGAAACUUGGUUCUAUAGCUGAGAAUUUUUUAUUAAUUUUAGCUUCCCUCCUUGUCUCAUGCCCUACCCCACCUUUAAAACCUCUCUGUGGAGAGGGAGAAAAUGCUUCUUAGCUGAUAAAU